AAUGUUAUUUAAGUGUGGUCACACGGCUUCAGUUGUUUGAUAAUCGAGUGACAGUGCGGAGUCGUCGCCAAAACAGCUGCACCUGAAACUUUCGCACCUCCAACAACAAUUAGAGCGACAGAGCCACAGCAGAGCACGGCACCAACGCAGCUAGAAAGAGAGCAAGACAGUGGGACACGCCGAGCGAGAGAGAGAGAGAGAGAGAGAGAGAGACGAUGAGAAGAGAGACAACAGCAUUGAUAAAAACACCCGCCGCAUUCGCACCUGCAGCCGCACCUGCACACCGCAAGAUUCGCAGAGCAAUGUUGCAGCCGCAGCUGUUGCAGAUGUUGCAGGUGGCACUGCUGUGCAUCCUGGCCAGCACAGCGACGCAUUGGCCAGCGACGGUGGCCCAACAACAGUCGACGCUCGCCAGCCAAGGAUCCCAACAGUCGCCGGCCAAAUUGGAGCAGAAUCCGUGCGUGAAUAAGGUGACCUGCCAUGAGUGUAUACAGACACAGAAUUGCGGCUGGUGCAUGAAGCCCGAUUAUGGUGAUCGGCCGCGUUGUUUUCUGCACACGCCCAAGGCGGAAGUGUGUCCGGAGCAGUUCAUUUGGAAUCCGGAUACAUCGGAGCGUAUAUUGAUUAACAAGGAUCUGACAUUGGCCAGCGGAGGUGCCGCUUGGGCGGGCGGACAAUAUGUCUCGGGUGGUUCCUACCAGAGCAGCAGUGCACAUGGACAAAGCUCCUCGUCUGGCUCUUACGGUGCAUCCGGUUCCAGUUCCAGCUAUGGCGCCAGCUCCAGUUCCGGUUCCAGCUCUGGUUUCAGUUCGAGUUCCGGUGCCGCCGGCUCAGCAGCAGUUGGCGGCGCAGCUGCCGCUGGUGAAAUUGUCCAGAUAAAGCCGCAACGUGUCAGCCUCAAGCUGCGCAUCAAUGAGGUGCACAAUCUAGAUGUGAGCUACUCACAGGCCGAGGACUAUCCCGUUGAUCUCUACUAUUUGAUGGAUCUGUCCAAGUCUAUGGAGGACGACAAAGAGAAGCUAUCCGCACUGGGUGACAAACUCUCCGAGACAAUGAAGCGCAUCACAUCCAAUUUCCGCUUGGGCUUUGGCUCGUUCGUGGACAAGGUUCUAAUGCCCUACGUAUCCACGAUACCCAAAAACCUGGAGGAGCCAUGCCCCAAAUGCGAUGCUCCCUAUGGCUAUCGUAACAUCAUGGGCUUGAGCAUGGACACAUAUAGAUUCUCUAACGAGGUGAAACAGGCUGCUGUCUCGGGCAAUUUGGAUGCACCCGAAGGCGGCUUCGAUGCCAUCAUGCAGGCGAUUGCCUGUCGCCAACAGGUUGGCUGGCGGGAGCAGGCUCGACGCUUGCUUGUCUUCUCAACGGAUGCGGGCUUCCAUUAUGCCGGCGAUGGUAAAUUGGGUGGCGUUAUAACGCCCAACGAUGGCGAAUGCCAUUUGAAUGGCCAGGGCAUGUACACGCAUUCGAUCAUACAGGAUUAUCCGAGCAUAUCGCAAAUAAAUCAAAAGGUCAAACAGAAUGCGAUCAACAUUAUCUUUGCUGUCACACAGAAUCAGUAUUCCGUCUAUCAGAAGCUCUCCGGACAUAUUGAGGGCUCAUCCAGCGCCAUUUUGUCCAACGAUUCGUCCAAUGUGGUCGAUCUGGUGCGCGAGGAAUAUAGUAAAAUCUCUUCGUCGGUGGAGAUGAAGGACAAUGCCAUGGGUGAUGUUAAGAUCACGUAUUUGUCCAGCUGCCUGACCAAUGGACCACAGAUUAAAACGAACAAGUGCAGCGGUCUCAAGGUCGGCGACAAGGUCACAUUCACCGCCCAAAUAACGGUCACCAAAUGCCCAGCCAAUCCACGUGACUGGAAUCAGGUGAUUCAAAUCUAUCCGGUGGGCAUCAAUGAAAGCAUGAUCAUUGACCUGGAGAUGCUGUGCUCGUGCCCCUGCGAGCAUGCCGGCUCCACUGGCUACGAGAUCCACUCGCAGAAAUGCCACAAUCAUGGCACGUACAUGUGCGGCAUCUGUGAAUGCGAUGAGCAGCAUUUCGGCAACACGUGCGAGUGCUCAUUGCUGGAUGUGCACUUGAAUAAUGCCAACGUAAAUAUGUGCCGUCCCGGCAAUGAUACGAGUGUCGCCGAAUGCAAUGGACGCGGUAGUUGUGUGUGCGGCGAAUGCGAGUGCCAUAAGCGUGCCAAUCCCGAGGAGAUCAUUACGGGCAAAUAUUGUGAGUGCGAGAACUUUAGCUGUGAGCGUAGAAAGAAUUUGCUAUGCUCUGGGCCCGAUCACGGCAUCUGUGAGUGCAAUCGCUGUGUAUGCAAGCCCGGCUGGACGGGCAACAGCUGUGACUGCCAGACGUCGACGGACACAUGCAUGCCACCGAAUGGCGGUGAGAUCUGUUCGGGUCAUGGCACCUGCGAGUGCGGCGUCUGCAAAUGCAAAUCGACCGACGAUGGCCGCUAUUCGGGCAAAUAUUGUGACAAAUGUCCCACAUGCUCGGGCCGUUGUCACGAGCUCAAGGACUGCGUCCAGUGUCAAAUGUAUCACACGGGCGAGCUAAAGAAUGGCGAUGAUUGUGCCAAAAAUUGUACAACAUUCACGCCCGUUGGCGUUGAGAAGGUCAAGAUCGAUGAGCACAAGGAUGAGCAGCUGUGCGUCUUCUUCGAUGAGGACGAUUGCAAAUUUACGUUCAAAUAUAGCGAAGUGGGUGAACUGGUUGUGCAUGCCCAGGAGGAGAAGGAAUGCCCGCCCAAGGUCUUUAUGCUGGGCAUUGUGCUGGGCGUCAUUGCGGCCAUUGUCCUAAUUGGCCUGGCCAUAUUGCUGCUUUGGAAGCUCCUGACCACCAUACACGAUCGUCGCGAAUUCGCGCGCUUCGAGAAGGAGCGCAUGAACGCCAAGUGGGACACGGGCGAGAAUCCUAUAUACAAACAGGCCACAUCCACCUUCAAGAAUCCCAUCUAUGCGGGCAAAUAAUUCGCAACGUCUGCACCCAGCAACAGUUGCCCAUUGUGUUUUCUUUAGUGAAAUUUGCCAUUUAACAACCGACUGCCCCUGCUAUCAACACGCCCCCAAACACACACACACACACACACCCCUACCCGCCUCACCCCUUCCGAGCCACACAAAUGAAGCAGCUUCAAAUAAGAAAAAAAAAAAAAACGGUGCGCGUGCCACAUUUAACAAGAAACAAACAACAAAAACAAAAUGCUUGGAACUAAAGUCAAACUGCCAUUGAAACGCGUUCGUAACUAAGUCAAAGUUUUAUAAAAAAAAAAAACUCUAUAUACACAUAGCAAACGAAUUGUGCCUUGCAAUACAUAUAUAUAUUUAUAUAUAUAUAUACCAUAAAUUUUAGAUUUUAUAUAUGUACUUGUGUGAACGUGGAAAAGCUUCCAUUGCUGAACAGCCAAAACAAGCAACAAAAUUUGGAACGCACAAACAACAAUUGAUCCAUACGCAUCAACUAAUCAAACGAUCUACAAACAAAUCUUAACAACUAUUUACUUAUAUGAAAUCAACUGAAAUCAACGAACGAUCCGCUUUUAAAAUAUAUGUAAAAUGUAUUUCAUCUGUGCAGAGUUUCCAAAAUCGCAAAUAUUCAAAAGCGAAACAAUAACAAUUGUUAAGAAAGUCACAUGAAAUGCUUUUGGAAUGCAAGACUUGCGUGUGCAGCACAUUAUACAAAUUGUAAUACUUAAUAUUAUUAUUUCAUUUAAAAUUUGUAACUUAAGUAUUUGGCAAAGCCUUUUCGGAUCGCCUAAUUUAUUAAUGUCCAUGCAAGCUAGCAAUGUAUUUAUUAGCUAAACGAUCCAAAAA